UUGUCAUAACAUAAUCUGUAGCGAAGUGAAAAAGUAAUACGGAGUAAGUAGAAGGAGCGAGGCAGCCUCCGCCCAAAUUGUCAAAGGUCGGGGCAAAUUAAGGAUGGCGAAACCAGUUGGCGAUUCGCGCAGCAACAGAGCUGCUGUUCAGGCCACAAACGACGACGCUUCCGCUAGCAAACUGUCAUGCGUGAAAAAAGGAUACAUGAAAGAUGAUUAUGUUCAUCUCUUUGUUAAAAAGGAGCUGAGGCGAGCUCCCAUUAUUAAUCGUGGUUAUUUUGCCCGCUGGGCUGCUCUUCGCAAGAUGCUCUAUCAAUUUCUCGAUUCUGAGGAUGGAAAUAUGAAGAAGCAGAUACUCUCACUUGGAGCUGGCUUCGACACUAUGUUUUUUCAGUUGCACGAUGAAGGAAAAGCUCCUUAUCUUUACGUGGAACUGGAUUUCGCUGAGGUAACAAGUAAGAAGGCAGCUCUUAUUGAAACAUAUAGUCAGUUGAGGGAUAAAGUUGGCGAAACAGCAUCAAUCUCCUCAGAAAAGGGGGAAGUCCAUAGUGAUCAUUACAAAUUGCUGCCUGUAGAUUUGCGCAACAUAGACAAUUUAAAUGAUAUUAUAGCCCAAGCAAAUUUAGACCCCAGUUUGCCAACAUUUAUAAUUGCAGAAUGCGUUCUUAUAUAUUUGGAUCCUGAUUCAAGCCGUGCUAUUGUUGGAUGGGCUGCAAGAACCUUUUCCACGGCAAUAUUUUUCUUGUAUGAGCAGAUCCAUCCGGAUGAUGCUUUUGGCCAGCAAAUGAUUCGGAAUUUGGAGAGCCGAGGCUGUGGACUAUUAGGAAUUUAUGCUACACCCACUUUACAAGAGAAAGAAAAUCUAUUUGUUGAUCAAGGAUGGCAGGUCUUAAAGCUUAGAAGAGAAUUAAUGACUAGCUUCCUUGUAAAGUAGGACCCGGAAGAGAAUAAAAGUGUGUAGCCCUGGUAAGUUAUUUGGAAGACGGAGGAUCCAAGCAAAGUUACUUGCUUUGGUUGGAUUGUGAUGCAUGAAGCAUGUUUGGCACAGGAAAAUGUGCAAAGAAAGGGUUUUUACUUUUUUUUUUUUUUUUUGAUAAGGUGUGAAAGGGUUUUAACCUAUGCAGCUGGUGCUGCUUUUGUAAAGAAAAUGGGAAGACAGUUAAUCAUUUACUAUUGUGUUGCAAUUUUAUUUGGAAAAUAUGGUGUAUGUUCUUGGACUUACAUGGGAUUCAUUGGUGAUGCCUGUCAACAUCAAGCAAACUUUGUGCAGCUGGCAAGGGCAACCUUUAAGAAAAAAAGCAGAAAAAGAUUUAGUUGUGCAUUCCUUUUUGUAUUAUGUGGACAAUAUGGCUGGAAAGAAAUUGAAGGUGCUUUUAUGGAAGGGAGGAAAAUGUCAGUUCUGGUAAAAAUAGAUGUAUUUAGAACCUAAAAAUGUGGUGUAGUGCUUCUUUUGAUUUUGAAGUUGAUGUGAUGCUUGAUUUCCUAGAAUCCCUUCAGGUUUGAGGGAUCUGCAUCCAGUUUGAUACUUUUUGUAAUGCUGCAGUACCAUCUUGGUACUGGCUGACAGUUUUCUAAAAUAAAAUUCACCUUGUACUAAUCAAAAGAAAAAAGUAGGAAUACCAUCCAAUAGGAUAGAUAAGGCUAAUGAGUGAUCUCGUUAUCCAUUUAGUAUUAAGCUAUAGCAGGUUAGAUGAAAAGUGCAUGCAUUAGUUGCCUCUGAACUUCAUUAGUUGUAGGCUCAAGCAUUUUAACUUCCUAUUUGCAAUCACUGAUAAUUUGAACGAUUACAGGUGCUGAAGCUCUAGCUAAUUAAUUGUUUAUAUGACAAAGCACACAUGCAAUU